UAUGGAAAUGCGACCGGAAGUUGCAUGCGUCGGUAUGGUAAUGUUCCACCACACAGCCCUGUGUGUGUUGCGUCCAGGAGAAGGGUGGAGCUAAAUCGAUUAAACACAUCCUUUCCACAUGCCUAUGCAUCAUCUAACCUUACCGACCGCUAGUAUCGCCGCACUGUUGCUAUAUCGUAGAAGGCGAUAUGUUUCAAUGUUGACUGAGCCAAUCCAAACUCGUCUAGCAGGCUUUGGUGGCCAGAAAGUACUGUAUCGAGUGCGGGAAAGUGAAAUUUUAUUAGGAAACGAAUAAAUCUUGAGAACUUGUUAACCAUUUUGUUGUUUAGUUUGCAUUAAUAUCUGAAAGUUGAUUUUGAGUGAAGUGGUUUCCUGUAUUGGUAAAGGCAAUGGUGCAGAAACAACCGAAAACACCAAUAAAGCGCGAACGAAACGAAGAACACAUUCCCUGCAUCGAAGGCGAAGGAGUCUAUCGGAAGCCGCUACCAGUACCACCGGAAACACAGCCCUCAAAAAGAUGGUCCGAUUCGUUGCCACCUAAUGAACGUGUGUUCUACCACCAAACGCUGAGUUCGGCAAGGCGAGCGGCUCACUUCGCUAACCAUGGCCAAAUACCAGUAGAUUCUCUCGAUAUUACGCUAGCCGCCCAGUACAACCACUCGGACGAUCUGUUUCUCGGCAAGAAUGAUGUUGUGCUGCAGGAAGAAACGCUGGGCCGGAGCACGUUCCGUCGGCUGCGCAACACACGUGAUUUGAGUCCGGAAAAAAUCAUCCCACUCAAGCAUCCACUCCUUAUCGGUGGGCUGAAGGAGAAGGCUUCGCCGAACAGUGUCAAAUUGAUGAAUACUGGACCACACACACCGCUGACGAAUCCUGGCUACUCGCGCCAGUCCGGGGAUGGAAAUUUCUUCAAUUAUUAAAACUCGACGACGCAGCAACAGAAGUUCGAUGUACGAAAUUUGUCUAGCAAUUAUGUCAGCUUUGAUGUUGAAAAUAAAAAAUUAACACGUGUGCAAUAGA